ACGGCUGUCAAUUUGUCUCCAGACGAAGUACAGUGUGAUUCUGUGCAAUUACAUCAAACUCGGUCUGGGCACCGCGCGCAUGAAAGCAUUGCGUCUGCACGACUUUCCAGGCUGGAGAGGAAAUUUACUCGAAAGGAAUGCGAAGAAGGUUUUAGGUUUGGCAUUGCUACGAGGAAAACGAGGAGGUGCGACUUUUUAAGUGGUCAACAUAUAUUUUUCUUCUAUUCAAAGGUGUGUGCCUCCCGCCCCGCCCCCCACCACGGCCCUCACCUGUGUAUUGCGGUGCUUCCCCUGCGAGCCUAGCUGGGCCGGCAGCCCUUUCCUGCACCGCCCCCACCCCGCCCCACCCGAUGGUCAGGAUGACGCGCUCCAAGACCUUCCAGGCCUACCUGCCCAGCUGCCACCGAACCUACAGCUGCAUCCACUGCAGAGCGCACCUGGCCAACCACGACGAGCUCAUCUCCAAGUCUUUCCAGGGGAGCCAAGGCAGAGCUUAUCUGUUCAACUCAGUGGUGAACGUGGGGUGUGGGCCGGCGGAAGAGAGAGUGUUGCUCACGGGGCUCCAUGCUGUGGCAGAUAUCUACUGUGAGAACUGCAAGACAACUCUGGGUUGGAAAUAUGAGCAUGCCUUUGAGAGCAGUCAGAAGUACAAGGAGGGGAAGUUCAUCAUCGAGCUGGCCCACAUGAUCAAGGACAACGGCUGGGACUGAAAGACGAAGCGUCAUCCGUGACUCGGUUUGGGGUUGAAUGGGGGUGGAUGGGAGGGAAGGAGCCGAGUGUGUGGGUGAGUGUGCGACUUUGAUUUACCAUGGACCUCUGUCCUCCCCUCCUGAUGACACACCAGCAGCCUCCAGGGUGGAGGUAGUAGGGGAGUAUGUGUGUGAGGCUGUAGUAGCAGCCUGGCCUGCCCCUCUGGGCUCUGUGUGUGUCUGGACUGGAGGAGGAUGUCAUUGGGGAUGGAUGGACACCACCAGACACACACGCAAUGGCAAGCAAACACACACACACACGUGCAGAAACACACACACACACACACACACACAUACACACACAGCCAUGCAUGUCCCAGACCAACAUCCAAGCCUGAUGGGUAGCUCUUUAGAUAGAGAGCCAGGCCAAGGCCAGCAAUGUUGUGUUACUAUCUAUGUUAGGGCGGGUUGACCUGCAGUGUGAGGAGAGACCAGGCCCUGGCAGGGUCAGUAGCCUUGGGUUAAACAGCUGAUGGGAGCUCUCGUCUGUAUGUGAAUGAGAUGGCCUAAGAUGAUUAUCCCCAAAUCCAGCUGAUCUGAUCCACCCAAGGCCGUGCCAGCUGGGACAGUGAUGAGGCCUGGUGUUAAGGUUUGGCACUGAGGACUGUGGGGGCUGGGCGGGGGAAGGGUUGAGGGGAGGCGGGUCAGGGAGAGGGCAGAUCCUGAUUCUGGAUUCUAGUCCACCCUGGUUGUGUGGUUGUAGGUACAGCUGGUUGCACAGCCGUCUGAUCCACUCCAGGUCUUACCGGCAGCAGUUUUUGUUGUGCGAGUCAGGAUGAUAGGGAGUGUGAAAGGAUUCAAGGAUACGUCUAAACUCUGAGAAGAAUCUGAUCAGUCAGUGCUUUGGCUCUCCCCAUCAUCCGUAGAUGCCUGAAAUCAUGUCUUGUGAUGUUUGGAUACUUCAUGUGUUGUGUCUGAUGUAAGUUAAGAUACAUCUACCAUCACCACUUUGGAUUAAAUUUGAACUAUAGAGUUAAACAUCUUUGACUUUUGAAACUCUGAUUUGAACAGGCUUGGAGAUUUGGUUCUAGUGUUUUGGCCUGGUAUGGUAACUGAAAGCAGUUGGGAUGUGGAGGCCUUUAGGAGAUGCUCUUAUGAAGUUCUGAAGCUUUCUUUCAGUCUUGGAUGAUCAUAGCAGUUCAUAGAUUGUUACACACACUCUAACUUACAACUUGGCCCUCACAUAAAACACUGAACAGAAAAGCCGUACAGUAGACCUGUGGAUUUUUCUAAACAGAAGCCAACUAAGCAACACAACUCAACAAACCAAUCUCCCUGGUAUCCACGGCAACUGACUGGCAGUCCAGAAUUCCAAUCAGAGGCUGUAGAAGUCCCUAGCACAACCAAAGAACACACCCAUCUACAAUAAAUUGACCAAACACAAGAUACAUUUUUUUUGCUUGGGUCAAAGUGUUGCACAACAUGGGGUUGAGAAUUGUUGUUGAAAGCCAAGGUUAUGGAUAGCCUUUCUGUGAUAUAAUGCAUUAUGAUUUUUGUAAAUGACAGAUCUUAAUAUAUACAUAUAUUAUAAUUUAUAUCAAUCUCUGUGUUACUAAAUGUAAAUAGUAAUAUGUGAUGUCUCUUAUCUAUGAUCGUCAUGAUUAUGAAUAUGAUUUGGAUUCUUGCCAUGCUUUCUCUCUGGUAUAUCCCUCGUCGGUUGAACAAUAUUUACUACUUUUUUACUCUUUUGAAAAUGUUUCAAUUUUAGUGUCUUUUGUAAAGGAGGAGAUAGGAGUGACAAUAUCAUUGGAACUUGGUCAAUUAAAGCAUCACCUUGGUACCUGUA